ACCGCCCACGCAGACCGCAGGUUCCCGGCUUCCGGUUCCGCCACGGCCCAGAGGCGGUGUUGAGGCUAAUGGCGGUGCCCACGGAACUGGAUGGAGGGAGUGUUAAGGAGACCGCAGCGGAAGAGGAAUCGCGAGUUCUGGAACCUGGCGCCGCCCCGUUCGGAAAUUUUCCUCAUUAUUCUCGCUUCCACCCUCCGGAGCAACGGCUCCGCCUCCUGCCCCCGGAGCUGCUUCGACAGCUCUUUCCUGAGAGUCCCGAGAACGGGCCGAUUCUGGGGCUCGACGUGGGGUGUAACUCCGGGGAUCUGAGUGUGGCUCUAUACAAACACUUCCUCUCCCUACCUGACGGGGAGACCUGCUCAGAUGCCUCAAGAGAAUUCCGUCUCCUCUGCUGCGACAUAGAUCCAGUCCUGGUGAAGCGAGCCGAAAAAGAAUGUCCUUUUCCUGAUGCCUUGACUUUUAUCACCCUGGACUUCAUGAAUCAAAGGACCCGGAAGGUUCUCUUGAGCUCUUUCUUAAGCCAAUUUGGACGUUCAGUUUUUGACAUUGGCUUCUGCAUGUCAAUAACCAUGUGGAUUCAUCUGAAUCAUGGAGACCAUGGCCUAUGGGAGUUCCUGGCCCAUCUUUCCUCCCUCUGCCGCUACCUCCUUGUGGAGCCCCAACCCUGGAAGUGUUACCGGGCAGCUGCAAGGCGUCUCCGAAAGCUGGGACUCCAUGAUUUUGACCACUUCCACUCCCUUGCCAUCCGAGGUGACAUGCCCAAUCAGAUUGUGCAGAUCUUGACCCAGGAUCAUGGCAUGGAAUUAAUACGUUGCUUUGGCAACACCAGUUGGGACAGAAGCCUUCUGCUCUUCAGGGCAAAACAAACCAUAGAGACUCAUCCAAUCCCUGAAUCACUGAUAGAAAAAGGGAAAGAAAAGAACAGAUUAAGUUUCCAGAAGCAGUGAGAUGGGAGGGCAAGAAGACCAAGAAAGAUAUUGAAAGGGUUUUAUAUUGAGAAUUAUGAUCAUUCUCCUUAAUUCCUUAACAAUCAGGCAGCCGCAAAACCUGGCAGGAGCUUUUGGUAAAAUGUCCAAGGCACAUAAUUGAAAGAAUCAGUAUCUGUUCCCCAUUGUUUGGAACGAAUCUUGAGGAGAAUGAAUCUGUGGAGUGAUGAGCUGGGAUAUCUGGAUUGAGAUGGCCUAGGAAAAGUGGUCCUGGUUAUGGGUUAUGGAGAGGGCUGCUUUUGGGGAUUAUUUAUAAAGAUCAGACUAGGCUAGUCUUAAAAUAUGUCAGUUCCUGGGCUCUCUGAAUCUUACCUGGUUUCUUCAGGCUUCUGGACUUGCUAGGCCUGCCUUUGGGCAAAACCUUAGUAAUUCAGGUCUGGAAUGGGGCUUAGGAAUCUAUUUUCUGUUUUUUUGUUUGUUUGUUUUUGCAUUCUUCUAUUGUAAUAUAUACAUAAAAUUUACCAUUUUAACCGUUUUUAAGUACAGUUUUUCAGAACGUGGAAAUCCCAUCAAAAAUUGGAUUAAAAAAUUAAAAGAUAAAUUGAUAAUUUUUUUAAAAGUAUACAAUUUUGUGACAUUAAGUACAUUUCACAAUGAGGCAUCUAUUUUUAACAGCUCCCCCAGAUGAUUCUGAGGCAAGCAGAGGUAGACCAUACUUUGAGUGCUUACGGUUCCAUUCAGUCCUCCUCUAUGUAUUUUUCCUGGGGUGAGUUCUUCCCUGUGGUUUUAACAACUACCUACAUGCUUAUGGUCCCCAAAUAUAUUGGUAGCCCGACAUCCACAGUUCCAGACUAGCAUUUUUCCUGUUUUGUCAUUAUAUCCCUUAGUUCUUAGGUACAUCAGAAUCAACAGAUCUCAAAAGCAAGCUCACUACCCUCAUUCAAAACCUAGUCCUAUCUCAUUUGAUAGUAAUCAUUGCUUAUGCUAGAAACCUCAGUUGAUUUUCUCACUUACACCCCCCCACAUUGAAAUGCUCUCAAAGUCCAGCAGCAAAUUCUAUCAAUUACAUGUAAGUUUCAUUCCAUACAUGUGUCCGGUGCCUGGUGGGAGGUUCCUAUAUUAAAGUCAUCUACCUUCCAUCCAUUGUCUGCCUUACAGCCACAGUUUACUCAUCUGUACAACUAAAUAACACCACUUUCCUUUUCCUAUGCCCAAAUGAGCUAAGGAUGUGAAGGUAUUUUGCAGAAUAUAGAGUGAUAAAGAAAAAUAAGGUGCUAUUACACUGUGUGAGCAUGCCGCAGACCACAACUGCACUUGUUAGACCGGAGGCUUAUGAGAAAAACAUCUCACCUUGUAGAAAACAUGCAUCUUACUAUCUCUGAUAACUUGUUUUUCAGGAUGAUGAAGUAAUAAGGAGUCCAGCUUCAGUGCUACAGAGCAUUUUAAAGGAAGCAGUGUUGGGAGGGAGGGAUAUGGAACUAAGGGAAAUGAGGCUAGUUUAUGAUGGUCUCAGUUAUCACAGUAGAUACAGAGCUGAGUUUACCCACAAGAUCUUAAUUUAGGAACACUUUGAAACCUUGUAACCCUGCUGGGUGCUCUCUCCUCUCACUCCACCAAGGCAGUGCACAGAAACAUACAUGGGGCUGUGGUAGGAUGAAUAAUGGUCCCCCAAGAUGUCCACCUCCUUUAGCAAAAGGGGCUUUGCAAAUGAGAUUGAGGAUCUUCAGAUAGGGAGAUUAACCUGGAUGAUCAGAAUAUACCCUAAGUGCAAUCAUCAGUGUUCUUAUAAUAGGGAGGCAGAGGGAGAGCUGACCACAGUAGGAGAUGUAAUGACAAAAGCAAGAGGUUGGAGUGAUGUGAAGAAGGGCUGCAAGUCAAGGAAUGUAGGUGGCUUCUAGAAGUUAGAAAAAGCAAGAAAAUGUAUUCUCCCCUGAAGCCUCCAGAAGGAACAGCCCUGCCAACACCUUGAUUUCAGAUUUAAUCUCCAGAGCUGUAAGAGAAUAAAUCAGUAUUUUAAACCAC